CCAGCCAAACUGAAAGCCGGAGCCCGGGCCGCCUCCCCGCCGCCGCCGCCGCCGCCGCCGCGCCCGGCCUCCCCGCGAGCGCUCCACCAUGGCCGGCCCUGCUUUCACCUUAUAAAGAUGGCGGUGCGGGAUCGCUGCAACCUUUAGACUAAUGACUGUCCGAAACAUCGCCUCCAUCUGUAAUAUGGGCACCAAUGCCUCUGCUCUGGAAAAAGACAUUGGUCCAGAGCAGUUUCCAAUCAAUGAACACUACUUCGGAUUGGUCAACUUCGGAAACACCUGCUACUGUAACUCUGUGCUUCAGGCCUUGUACUUCUGCCGGCCUUUCCGGGAGAAUGUGCUGGCAUACAAGGCCCAGCAAAAAAAGAAGGAAAACUUGUUGACGUGCCUGGCAGACCUUUUCCACAGCAUCGCCACGCAGAAGAAGAAGGUCGGCGUGAUCCCACCAAAGAAGUUCAUUUCGCGGCUGAGAAAAGAAAAUGAUCUCUUUGAUAACUACAUGCAGCAGGAUGCUCAUGAGUUUCUAAAUUAUUUGCUAAACACUAUUGCGGACAUCCUGCAGGAAGAGAAGAAGCAGGAGAAACAAAAUGGGAAAUUAAAAAAUGGCAACAUGAAUGAACCUGCGGAGAAUAAUAAACCAGAACUCACCUGGGUCCAUGAGAUCUUUCAGGGAACGCUCACCAAUGAGACUCGAUGCUUGAACUGUGAAACUGUUAGUAGCAAAGAUGAAGAUUUUCUUGAUCUUUCUGUCGACGUGGAGCAGAAUACAUCCAUCACCCACUGUCUCAGAGACUUCAGCAAUACAGAAACGCUGUGUAGUGAACAGAAGUAUUAUUGUGAAACAUGCUGCAGCAAACAGGAGGCCCAGAAAAGGAUGAGAGUCAAAAAGCUGCCCAUGAUUUUGGCCCUGCACCUCAAGCGAUUCAAGUAUAUGGAGCAGCUCCACAGGUACACCAAGCUGUCCUACCGUGUGGUCUUUCCGCUGGAACUCCGGCUCUUCAACACCUCCAGUGAUGCGGUGAACCUGGACCGCAUGUACGACCUGGUGGCGGUGGUGGUUCACUGUGGCAGUGGUCCUAACCGUGGGCAUUAUAUUACUAUCGUGAAAAGUCACGGCUUCUGGCUUUUGUUUGAUGAUGACAUUGUAGAGAAAAUAGAUGCCCAAGCUAUUGAAGAAUUCUAUGGCCUGACAUCAGAUAUAUCAAAAAAUUCAGAAUCUGGAUAUAUUUUAUUCUAUCAGUCAAGAGAAUAAUGUAAGGAACUGUGGGACUAAUCCGAGUGGGGAAAAUGUUCAAAGCACUCUUAGCCUGGUUUCUCUGCAGCCGUUCCUCCUCCCCAGCGGCCCACCAACGGCGUUACUCCGCGUUUCAGUGGCCUGGCUGUGUUCAACUUUCUCUCCCUGCGUUUUUUGUUUUUUGUUUUUUGUUUUUUUUUUCCUACUUGCAGCGCUACUCGUGGUUUUAUUUUUUAGUCUGAGGUCGAGUUAACUGCAAUCCGAUUGUAGUAAGGUUUAGAUGAAUCACGUUUGCUAAUUUUAGGAUCAGGUACCUGCCAACGCCCCCCGGCUGUGCCUGGCUGAAUUACAGCGACAUUUCAUACAAACAUCAUCGACAGUCUCUUUGGGGUUUUGGCUAAUCUCCCUAAGGGGCUUCCAGGGUCUCCAUUCAAUGCAUUCCUUUUAACUCAUCCCUGGAAACAUGGCUCACCAUUUGUAGCUUCUCUGCCUCUUUUCUGAGAGAAGGAUGAGGUAGACGUGCCUCUUUUAGAGCUGCACCCAUAGCUUUAAGUGUGUGCAAGUGAAAAUGUUUAAAAGCAAGUGACCUCGAAACCGAAAUCCUCCUCCAGGGAGCUCGGGGUGAAAGAAGCUGUCGCUGGUGGCUGCGUGCCCCCGGAGCUGUGCUCCCCCGGCCGCCAGCAUUCCAGGGGCUGAGGACGAGUGCAGCUCAGGGCAGGAGGAGCUGAGAGGAGGAAGCUUUUGUGCACAGCGGGAAGUGGCUUUGCUGCCCUUUCUACCAAAACCGAGUUUCAGGAAAAUGGCUCUGUGCUCUUUGUUUUUAGUGAUACUUUGCUUGUGUCCUGUGAGUUGUAGCUCCCCUUUAUCUGGCACUGCUAAGCUUUCCAAGGUAUCCUUCCUGUCCAGCUGGUGUUUGGUGGUCCAUCGUGGCAGGGUUGAGACACCUCGGGGACUGCCAGGGGGGUCCCUGCUCUCCUUCUCCAGGCAUCACCUGCACCAUCCUUUUUCAGGAGGGACGAAGGCACAGCCCCUUUCCUCCUAUCAGCCACUUUGUACAGCUCUUCACUUUUUAGCACUUCGGUCUGUUUACUGAGGCCCUGGCAAGUCCCAGGGCUCACAUGGAACUUUCCCUGGAGGAGAUGCUGGAGUUAGGGGGUGGAAUGCAGGCAGGUCACAGAAAGUGUGAGUGGGCGGGUGGAGAGAUGAACAAAGCAGCAACGUUUCUCUGGCUCAGACUCCUAAGAAUGCUUGACAAGACAAGUGUUUUUUGGAAGAACCUCAUCUCACCAUAGUUACUUUUUUCACUUUUGUUAUAUAUGUAUUUAUUAGAUCAUCUAAGUAUUGGUACCUUUUAUUAAAAGGGUCGAUGUGGUGUUUUGCUGUUGAGCUGGUUUUUCGUUUCCUAUAAAUAAGAUGAGUUGUAGAUCUUGGCUUCCUUUGGGAAGUCCAUUGACUUCCAUACACUAUAAUAUACUGUGAACCUAUUCUUUUGUUACCUAAUAAAUCAGCGAACGAACAUGCAAACUCUUUGGCAGAAUGUGAACUCAAAUUGACACCGAAAAUGUUACUGGCCAUUUUGCAGCAAUUAAGAGCAUAGCACUUUAUCUCGAUGAAAACUGGAUUCCUUAUCUUUGAAAUAUCUUGAACUGUUUCUCGCUCACAACUUCAAUAAGCAUGCCAACACUUCACCUGUUCAUGCUUGAAGUGAAAUGUUUUAUUUUUCACUGGAGAAGACAAAAACAGGGUGAUCUUCACAUUAUUGUUUUAUACAAGUGAUGAAAAUAUACCUUGCCUUGUUUCGAGGCGAAUUCCUAUUUAUAAAGAUGUUGUCUUUUUUUCCUCCACAAAACAUAUAACAUUGCUUACCUGGAAGGUGAAUUUUUAUUCUGUUUUUAAGAAGAGACGCUUUCCGGUUGCAGGUGACUGAUAUAGGUAGGGUUCUGAUUGUACUACACAUAAUCCAUGUUUUUGACUGUAGGUUGCAAAGUUGAACAAAAGAUGAUUGCUCUCUAACAUAUCUGGAACUGAUUCAUGAGAAGAACUAAAAUAAGAUUAUCUUGGAAAUGAAUCUAAUUUAUUCAGAAAGAAAAGUUUGAAUCGGAAGCCUCUAGAAGUAAUAUGUAAAUGCUCAGUCAUAGAUGCAAUGCUUUUGUUGUUGUUGUUGUUGUUGUGUAAAAAGUUUUUCCCAGUGAUUUCACUGAACUAGUUCCUUUUAAUAGAAAGGGUCAGCUAAAAUUCAGUAUUCCUGGGUACAUUUUUGGAAUCAAAAAGUAAGUACUGAAGAGAAGACAAAGACAUUAAAAUGGUUGUGUGAUGCAGGAAAGAAGAUUGAGAAAAGACCAAAACACUUCUCCGCCAACACUCCAUCCUUUUUUGGUUUUUUGUUUUUUUUUUUAAAACUUUAGGGCUAUCAGGGAAAUUUCUUCCCUCUUCCUCCUUCAUAAACGAAAGGAACCCUAGGCAGCUACGUUUCCCUCCAGUCAUUUCAGGUUAUGUGACGGCGAGGACACGUGAUCACUUCUCUUCUUUUUCAUCCCUCCCUCGUCGUGGGAAGCAGGGAGUGGUGUGGGAUGUGUGAGACCCUUCUGAGGUCAAGGACAGCACAAUGGCUCAGCAGUAUUCCCUGCGAUGCCCAGGGGUUUUGUGUGUCAUUUCUGGCAGGAGCGAGCAAGCCGGCAGUAGUUCUUUUACCUACGGGGUGUUUUGAAAUAAGUUACAGUGAUUUACAGGUUACAAAGAGAAAGAAGGAAUAUCUACUUUAUGUGGUUACUUCCUUGUUGGACGUCCAGAUGAGGGUCCGUUGGCUACAACGUCAUUUGUCUCAAUGUUGGUAGAAUGCUGGUCUCCAGUCCUGUUCUUCUGAUGCAUUUUUUUCAUUCCGGGGCAACGUGAAGGGGGCUGGUUUGAAGAGCGCCAAGGAAUCACACAAGAGGGUGGUGCUUUGACUAGGAAACCAGUCAUAUUGGUUUUAUAGCGUGGUAUAUUUUGGAUUUCAGAUGAAAUGGGGGGCGGGGAGUGACAGAAAUGGUCCCUAUGCAUUUAUUUUCAUGGAUACCCUUAAAUUUUCAUGGGCAUGCCUAACAAUGAACUAUGUUCUAACUGGAGCUUAGGGCUUAUUUUAGAUAUUGGAGUGUAGCUUUAUUACAGAUGGAUUUUAUCUUUAAACAUUGCAUUUUGAUCAACUUUGUAUAUUCAUGUGUAUUAAAAUAUUGUGCACUAAAUGUUUUGCCCUCGUUUGCUAUUAUAUGGUCAAGGCAUUUAUCAGCACUCGUGUGAUUAACUCAUGUAAGUGGCAUGGGUCAGGGAAAACGAUUUCCUACAUUUCUGCCUAAUUAAAUUUCUGUUUUCCAGUAUUACAUUAA